AUGCACGCGUCAGUGGUCACCAAUGUAGGACUGGUCGUGGACGCCGUCAUUCUUGAGCGGUGUAUGGACGAGAAUGAGUUUUUUGACGAGAGCGGACAUGGAAUUAUGUUCACCGGUGACAGCGCCCAUCGCACGUCUUUCCAACCGUCGCUCUUUGGCUCCAACUGCCCCACACCGCAGCGCUCUUCUUUAGUGUCCUUUUUAAGCGCCACAGCGCCGCAGACCCCCUUGAGCUCUACCAAGACGUACGCAAAGUUGCCCUCUAUCAUCAAUGACAAUGUGCAUUACGAGUGCCAAGCGACGGGGAAGCCGCUACAGCAGCGCAUUUUUCACCACUUCGACGUGCUUCCAUUCGGAGUAGACAGCCCGUCGUCUGUAUUUAGUGUUAUUGGGCGCCACACGAAUCGUGGGCUUGUUCUUGGUGUUACACCCACCGGAGCCUUCGUUGUACGUCCGUACAAAAGUGAGGUGCCGCUACAGCUUGUCCCGUACGGCGCUGACCGCAAAACGGUGAGGAAGGAAGACCUACACACACUCGGCAAGUUGAGCUCCUCUCCAUCUGUGAUUAAUGGCACGACGGAAUUCGUACAGAUGGCCACGCGUUUUAUCAACGAAGUGAAAAAAUCGGCCGCCGGUGAUGGUGAUACAGAUGCCUUUCGUCAGGGCCAUGCGGAGUCGACGGAAAUCAGUGAGAGUGGCAGUGACGUAAACGUGCUUGAGGGGACGGAGUUGUGGGCCCUCAAGGACAUGCAGUUGCCCCCGAAACUCGCGCUGCACGACCCCGUGCCGCCGCUGCGUGUUGGUUCGCGCGUUGUGGCACGGCGGUUUGCGUGUGAUGGCGCCCUUCACCUCGCCCGUGUCUGCGCCGUGCACUACGAUGUGACAUACACGCUCCGCUACGAGUCUGACAAUGGCGUCGAUAUGUGUGUGCUGCACAAUGACGUCCACCUCUUCGACGAGUCGGAGGCGGAGCAGUGCAGCGUGCGCGACAAGGUUACCGUUGCGCUGCACAAGCAGCUUCCGGCGGUGAUCAUUGAGUGCCUCGGCGACGAGGAGUACCGUGUCAUUCUCGAGAACAACCCAAGCCACGCCCUUACCGUCACGCGACGGCACAUUGUCUUCAUCGCGCCGCUCUUAAAGGAGGCCCUCUACGGUGACCCUGUCAUACUUGAGUGGUUUCGUGCCCUCGACCCGACGUGCUCCGGGCUAGUGUCGUGGAAAGAGGUGCGGCACCUCAUCCUCAGCUGGGAGACGUACGGACAGAGUUUCUCAUUCCAGAAACUCGGCGAGGUGCAACGCGAAUUAUGCAUUCGCGUUGGUAGAAUGGAGCCACAACUGCUGCGUAAGGUUCCUGUACAGGAGGAGGAGAUGCUGUUGGGUUACGCUGAGUUUGAGUACGUGAUACUGAGGAUGAGGAACAUGCUGUAA